UGAUCACAGGUACUGUGGGCUCGUGUUGUUCAUUGAAAGAACUUGAAGAAAAGAACAAAAUGCAACGUGUUUGGUAUUCAUAUUCAAGUCCAAUUUUAUAACAAAGUAUUCCAGAAUGUAUAGGAUAAUUACCAAUCGAUUUAGAUCACGAAGGAACUUGUAUUUCGUCUCCUUCACUGCAAUAAUCUUUUCCUUGUUAGUCCUGUCAUGGUUUCACAAUGGUGUGAGUGUUAAGCUUAACUCUGCGUCAUUUGAGAAUAGUGUAGUUCUCAGCCAACGAGGUAUAUCAUCAUCUAGUACAUCGACAUUGAUGUCGUCAAAUUAUUCAGCCGUAGAAAACUUGAGAAGAAAAAUUAUGGAUCGUACCGGCGUCUGGGCGCCUUUCAAACCAGGAGUUCAGGGUAUUGUCAAUGUGCAUUUGUGGCUCAACUUGUGUGGUAACAACAUCUUAACACUCAAGUUAUUUCCUCUUUUCCCUAAUGUUCCCUCCAUAAGAAAGCUUUGGUCUAGUUUAGACAUCUCCAACCUCGCACCGAACUAUGGCAAACGCGUGUUUGGUUACCUAAUUACCCCUACAAGUGGAAAAUAUUCUUUUCGUUUGAAGUUCAGUGGGACAGCAGAGUUUUGGUUGAGUACAGACGAUAAACCUGAGAACAGUCGAUGUCUUUUGUGUUUGAUGAAAGGAAACGAGGCUACAACAAACAAGUUAUCUUUGGAAAAUUCUAAAUCCUAUUAUUUUGAAAUGCUCCACAAACAUGGAGACUCACAAGCAAUGGACAGCUUAUUGUUACAAUGGAAUAUAAAUAAUUCUAAAUUUAAAGCUAUUUCUAAAAAAUAUUUAAGAAGCUAUCAAGAAGAUACAGGAAUAUCAGAAGAUGUUGUCAAUGUUAUUAAUUUUCCUCAAUCUAAACUUAAAAUGCAUGGGAAAAGUGAAAACAUGAAAAGUGGUAGUUCUUCUCAGCGAAUAUCUAGAGAAGAAAUCUACAAGUUACCAUUCAUUGCUCAAGACCUGAUUGAAGAUUUAUUCCCUAGAUGUAAAUAUAAACCUGAUUACUUAUUGACCUAUAAACUUGAUAGAUAUGGUGCUAAGUGGGAAAAUAUAUACACUUCUGUUUACCCCUCUGAUAACACUAAUGUCACAGAUUCAGAUGGAUUUGUUACGUUUGGAAAUGACAUUUUACUAGAAGAUAAGGCAUUGCAAAUUGUGGGGAUGAUCAUGAAACAGUUCAAGAAAAAAGGAUUAAGACAAUUUCAACUGGAAAAUGUCAUCAAUGUUGAAGAAAAGAAAGRAAGAUUCCUUGUGGAGCUACAACUACUGGAUAAAAACACAAAGAAAAGUGUACGUUUUUCAGAGUAUCUWUAUUURUCAAGAACCAGCAAGUACCUUUGCUACCCUGAGGGCUUUAAGUGGAAUAAAACUAGCAUGGUUAACGUUAUUGUAACUGCAGGACGGAACCAGGGAAGAUGGGUGUAUCAUUUCAUUCAAAACAUGGAAAAGAUUUACCAACAAACCAAAGACAAGAACUUUAAUGUUAUAAUCAAUGAUUUUCUUUGUCCUGAUGCUGAYAUACGACAAGCUUUAGAAACUAGUUCACUGCCUAACUACUUGUAUCUUGGCAAUCGUGGUGAUUUCCACAAAACGCUUGGUCUACAGCAAGCUGCUGGAGCAGUUGUUGAUGGCAUAGUUACUAUUUUAGACCUUCAUCUUGAAAUACCCUCAAAUUACAUAGAUGACAUACGCAAGUAUACACUAAAAGGAGUUCAGUCCUACUCGCCAAUUCUUCAGCGUUUCGAGUGUGGAACAAAUACUGCAGUCAACAUGGGAUCUUUUUGGGAAUUCAAUGGUUAUGGUUUAGUGGGCAUUUACAAACAUGACUGGGAUAAAUUUGGAGGGAUGAAUGUGGAAGAAUUCAAGGACAAAUGGGGAGGAGAAGAUAUCGAAAUGCAUGAUAGAAUUUUGAUGGCGGGUUUUGAAAGUUAUCGUAAAAAAGUAAAGGGUCUCGCUCAUUAUCAUCACAGUAAGUCUGGAAUGUGGAACAAGCAUGGAAGAAAACAAAAAUGAUUGGGCAAAUCACCCUUAACUUUUCUCUCUAAGRCAACUCGAUUGGGUAAUGGUAAUUACCAAAUAUGGUAGUCGAAUGAGUCUCAGCAAUAUUACCAUUGUACACUUCAUACCAAGACUAAAAAAAAGAUGAAUGUCUAUUUUUGCAUUAAAAUCAAAAUGAUAGGAUUUUUUAGUAUUUUUUAAUAAACGCUUGGUGACUAUUUUCAAAGUCUCAUUUUCGGCGAAAAACAAAAUUUUAUGAACCAAAGUAGAUUGAUCGUAAAUUUCAAUUAUGUUGUUUUCUUGUAGAGCGUUAUCGCAUUAGACAAGUUUGAAUUUUGAUGCAUUUUUACAAACAUUUGAUUUACUAAGGCACAAAUUUUAUUCAUAGGUCAUAGACAAAGCUCUCUUUGAGAUCAUCUAACACAUUGUAAAUCAUUGUCGUGUGCAAAAAUUGAGCGGCCAAUAAAGCCGUAUAAUUGUGA